AUGCAAUCUAAGAGUGAAAUAACUAUAUCAUACAAUGGUACUAUUGAAAAUUAUUCUAUUAAAUCACUUGAUGAAAGAUAUACAAAUGGUAGAAACUUUGAAGUUGAAGUUUAUAAUUUUUUAAAACGCAAAGAAUACUAUGUGACGCUUUCUGAUAGUCAUCCAAUGACAG